AUGAAUUUCGUUAAAAAGAAGAUAAUACUUUCGAUAUUCUACUUACGGAAGAUCUUUUCCAAACUAUUUGGUAUAUACCUACGAUACCGUCGUUUUACUCUAUGUGCGAUUCUACUGAUAACCAUUUUAUUUGUUUUCAAUGGUCAAACAUUACACAAGGGUCAAUUCUAUCUCGGUCUGUUCAUUUCAGCUAAUGUACGAUCUGUUCAGCCGUUACAAUGUGCGUCAGAUAACUAUCAACCGGAAUGGCCACAUUCUGUAAACGUUCAAAAUAAAUCAGAUUACAAUCUUACUGUUGUCAUUGUUACGGCCCGACCAGAAUUUAAACGUUUGCCCGCAACUGUCGCUGCUUUGUUAUGUCAUCUCGAUUCUCGCCGUAUUGCUGAAGUUAUGUUUCUCGUACCACCGAAAGACGUAUCUCUUCUCGAACCGUAUCUUUCUAAGGAACAAGCCAAGCAAUGGCCAUGGCCGGUAUCGCUGAUUUCUGACGAUACUCUUCUGAAACAUCAAUAUACCAUGUCUUAUCGAUUACAAAUGAUGUUUAAAUUAUUUAUUGCACAGAUUGUGCAAACAGAAUAUUACCUUAUCUUGGAUUCUGAUUGUCUAGCACUAUGGCCAAUACAUGCUGAGCAACUGUUGUAUAAGAAUGAAACAUCUUCAAUAUUCAGGGCUGCGUUUCAAGUAGAAGGUAACACGGGCCAUGCGAAAUGGUGGUCAGAAAGUGAAGAACUGCUCCAGAUCAAAUUAGAAUCAUGUGUCAAAGCAAAUACGUCAUCAAUUCCAGCUAUGGGCGUUACACCAAGUAUUUUGUCACGCACGAUUGCCCUACGAACUUUGUGUCGCCUACAAAAACUCUACGGUGAAACCUUUCUAACCAUAAUGGCCAAAUGGUACUACUGGCGUCUUCUAUUCGGUCGGAUGUGGACUGAAUAUACUCUGUACUUUCUAACAGCGCGUUGUACGAAUAUAUUUGAUCUAUAUCACUUUCAUCACAGUUCUCUACCAUCCUCGAGUACUGUCCCCGUAUUGAACUUGUAUGGUCUUAGCAUUUGGGGACUGUCGGAUUGGACAACUAAAAAUCAAAAUCAUUUAGUUGAAGCAAUAAACAAAGGGUUAAAAUGGCGCCGUAAAGAAAUGGAAGAAUACAAUGGGCAAGGCAUUAUUGAUAAAACAACUAAUAUACAUAGUUUAUUUACAGUUCUUCAAGGACGACAUCAAGUUGAUCCGAAACUAUAUCACGAAUUAUUCUAUCCUUUGUACAUAGAAUACUUACAAAAACAAAAACAAACGGAAAAGUUGUUGCAUAUUUUGAACAAUAUGGUAAAAACUUUAAUCGUUGAAUAA